CACGAUGAUCUGAUUACUUGCGGUAAUCAUAAGGUUAAUGUGCAUUUAUGGCACAUCUUUAGGUCAUGUUAGCUCAUGUAGAGUGGCGCAUUGCGCAAGACUGCGGCGCUGCCGAAACCGUAAGCGGAGGACGGUGAUGUUUACGUGAAGAUCUGCGACGAGCCGAAAGAGCUCGCCUCGCCCAUCGUGGCCCAUGAAUAUUGUCACGCGAAAUUGCCUCGCUUGCUGCACUCCGGCGCGGCUCGCUCGCCGAGCUUAGACCACCGUGUGUGUGUGCGCUGCGCCCACGCCUUUCGUUACAACCGACCACGUGAGACUCCGCCUACCCUCGGCCAGCGCGGCGCGCACAGGGGCUCCAUUUUCGGCCGGUUAAAAAUGAUCAUUGGACAUUGCGAAAAUGCGGACUUGUGCUGUCGUGAGCCGAGCUAGCCCUGUACGCUUAGCCGCCUACGACUCUUAAAGGUGCGGCUGUGCUCGCGAGGAUGGAACGGAUAUUCCACGAGAAGCAAGAAGGCUCGCUGUGCGCUCAGCACUGCCUCAAUGGACUGCUUCAGGGCGAAUACUUCACUGCUGUUGAAUUGGCAACCAUCGCCCAGCAAAUUGAUGAGCAAGAACGCGAGACGAUGGCCGAAGGGGGCCUCAACAGUGACGACUACCAGCGUUUUAUGCAUCAACCAUCCGGGAACCUGGAUGACAGUGGCUACUUCUCUGUGCAAGUGAUUGCCAAUGCACUCAAAGUGUGGGGCCUCGAACUUGUGCCUUACAACAGCACUGACCCGGUGGCGCAGGCAGCUCAAGCAGAUCCUACCCUAUCAACGGCCUACAUAUGCAAUUACAAGGAGCACUGGUUCACCAUCCGCAAGCUGGGCGGCCGCUGGUUCAACCUCAACUCGCUCCUGUCGGGGCCUCAGCCCAUCUCCAGGACCUAUCUCGCACUCUUUCUCGCUCAGCUGCAGCAGGAAGCUGCUCUUGGUCAAGUGACGUGGACCAUUCAGGCAUCCCGCAACAUCGCAUGGAUAUGGAAUUAUCUGCUACAUGCAGUUUGUUACUCCAUCUUCGUAGUGGUUGGCGAACUACCACAAUGCCAAGCAGACGACUUUCUCGAGGAAGACAGUGACCGUGAUCUCCAAGAGGCACUGCAACAGAGCCUGCAGGAGAGCCAGCAGGAGAGCCAGCAGGCGAAGACUCCAACUGAGCCCUCCACGCUGUCUGAUGACGAAAUGCUAGAGGCUGCCCUAAGACUUUCCAUGGAGAGCUGACACCGGUGCAUCAAAACAAACUAUGCAAGGUUCUGCGUCAUACCCCGUUGAUUUUUUAACAUGUUGGCAUCGUGCUUGCAAGGUCAAACCAUGCAGCUGUCCGCAUUGAACUGGAAAAUGCCGCAGGAGCACACGUUUACUGGUGCAAGUUGUUCUCUUUAUGUGUAAUGCAAUAUGUUAGUUUUGAGCCCAAAUAAAUCUAUGCAGAAGCACCA